UCCGGUCGCAGGAUACGUAUGCCAGAUCGCUAUAUCGACUAUCUUCCAGGCUCUGCGACCCAUCUCGAGCAUAUGCCUCAGGCGAAUGAGCCCAUUGUAGAGCCCGAGGCUCUGCAAAUUAACGAGAAUGAUGGCCAUCAGCACCCCCUGCCCCUCCCUUUCACAACAAAGCCUGAUUCGAUGGGACUCUACCGCAUCUACCCUACACGUCCUACCUUAAUUCCCAGGGGUGGAGGUGUGCUUGAUAGUGUUUGUGACGCUCCCACAUUGGAUGCC